UAUUCCGAAGCUACUCGUUGCAACUACAUGUAGUCGUCAAGAUGUUUCCAAAUAUAUUUCUUGAAGUGUUUGCUGUUGUUGUUCUUGUCUCUGUUGUAAUUUCACAGAAUAUUUUCGAUCCAGAUGCACAAUUCGAUGCAGAAGCGCAAAAAUUGUGCGGAUUUUCGACGGAUGAAUUUAUUCGAUACCAUGGAUAUGAGUCCGAAAAUCAUACCGUCCGCACUGAAGAUCAAUAUAUUUUAACAAUUUUUCGAGCAAAUUCCAAGAAGUGUUCGAACGAAAAAAGAGAACCAGUUUUAUUGGUGCAUGGUUUAACUAGCACAUCGGAUGCGUUUGUUACAAAUCCGGGAAAUGAAAGUUUGGCAUUGUUUUUGGCUGAUGCAUGCUAUGACGUUUGGUUAACGAAUUGUCGUGGAACAUUUUAUUCAAAAAACCAUACAACCAAAAAUCCAGAUGAUGUUUCAAGUGGGUUUUGGAAUUUUACAUGGUAUGAAAUCGCUAUUUACGAUCAUCCGGCUGUAAUUGAUUAUAUUUUGGCUCAAACGAAUUCAUCUCAACUCUACUAUGUCGGACAUUCACAAGGCACCACAACACUCCUCGUUUUACUCUCCAAAAGACCGGAGUACAAUGACAAAAUCAAUGUGGCAAGUCUAAUGGCUCCGGUUGGUUCUUUCAAAUACCUUGAUAAUUCGACGAAAGCGGCAGCCAGCGCUGCUUUCACAUUACUUUCGCCAUUCAGAAACACUGAACUUCAACUGCAUUCGGCGGUGCAGGUGGAUUUAAAGCGGGUUCUUUGUGCGCCGAGUAAUAUUUUCGGAUUAUGCUCACAUGCGAGCGAAGGUCAAAGAAACAGGUCGCUGGAGCUUGUGUAUGGAUGUCAUAAUUCCGGUGCGGCCUUAAAUCAAUUUCUUCAUUAUGGUGAAUGUGUGAAAUACCAAUACUUUGGAAUGUAUAUUCAAGAACCGGGAAUCAAUCCAAUGAUUCCGGAUGACUUUCCACUGCAAAAUAUCAAAGCAAAGAUUACACUUCAUUAUAGUGCAGCUGAUCCAGUUGCCGAUCCGCAAGAUGUGUUGGAAUUACAAUCGAAAUUAUCGAAUGUCUGCUUUUCGAAAGAAGUCGAUCUUAAGACUUUCGAUCAUAAUGAUUUUGCAAUCGCCAUUCAUGCCAAUGAACUUGUUUAUACAGACAUUGUUAAUGCUUGGAAGUCAUAUUGUACGGAGAAUUAAGUGUUGCUUAUUGAAAACAAUGAAGAAAAUAAUAUUGAUGAAUUGAACAUCGGAAAAUUGUAGAAAAUAUUGUGUACAAAGCAAAGAGAAUGUUGAACACAAGUGAAGAAUGCUGGAAGUAUCUCUCAACCCGUGAUAUAUUGAACAAUCGAAGUACAUAACUUUAAUAAAUAAAUUGUCUUAUUUCAAAUAAAUUCCAGAAUUUUGAAAUAUAGUUGAAUGAAA